AUGGACACAGCUGUCAUCACAGCUGCGUGGACAGAUUGUGCGACUGUUGGAAAAGGAUUUACAGCACAGGCGCAGCACAGAGAGCACAGGACACAGAACACAGAGAGCACAGAACACAGAGAGCACAGAACACAGAAUAUACCUAUUAUAAUCAAACUUGCAUCAUAUGGACGAAAAGCUCCAUACGUCACGAGACACGUCGAAACAUGUCAAGGAUCACAACUUUUACGACGCCAUACAUUUCCCACGUAUCGAGGAGGAUUUGAGAGAACAACUCGGCCGGGAUGUUUAGGAACCACUUCCCAGAACGAUAAAGGGCCGGGGGGUGAGAGGGGCGAGGGGUGCCGGGGCCGCGGGAGGGGGGAACGACAGCUGCGCGCGCGUCGCUCUCCCCGCGCCGCCGCACUCCGGCGCCGACCGUCGUGCGCUGUAGACGUGUCCCGUGCGCUGAGAAGCCGCAAUGUGCGGUACGCGAGUUCACUAACAUAA